AUGAUUCUCCUAUGGCCCGAUCUCGCCGUGUGCCAAAGCCAGUUCGGGUCCAGUCCUAGGAGGAUGACGCCGCCCGGCCCGCACAAGAAGUUGCAGACCAUGCGGUUCCCCCGGAGGGUAGACGUCGUCGAUGGCGUUGAGCUGAACGUCAGAUACGCAGAUAAAUCCACAGCCUGGAAGUCUGAGUACGAUAUCUCUUGGCUGGCCCACUCCAAGGUGCUUGACUUUUGGAAUCGCUUCCCUGGCGGUCGGAAUGAAGCAGUCCUAGCCUUCAAUGGUGGAUGGAUCCAUUGUCCCCGAGUCAUGGCUAUCAUUGGCCAUCGGAAGGUCUCAGGUCUUUCUCUGCAGUUCAAGGUUAUUUGGCAAGGACUUUCACUGGAGAGGGUCUCGUGGCAAUCCGAGUCGGGAAUUGGAUCGGUCUGCAAACCUGGCACCAUCGAAGGCUACUGGCGCGCCGCUGCUGUUGAGCCUCCCGGUCAAGCACUGGCUCAGAACGCAUGUCUUCCGGCCACCCAUGUAACCAUUGAGGAGGUUUGGCCGUGGGCAUCAGCAAGCUACAUCAAGGAAGGAGGACUUGGCUCAGCUGCGACUUGA